AUGGCAACAGUUUGGUACUUGCUUGUCGGGCUCCCUCUUUUGCUUUGGAGCCACCUUCUGGCAUCGCCAGUGUAUGCAGAAUCCAUACAAUGCGAGGCCAUCUCCAAUGCUAGGAACACAUCCAAUGGAGUCCAAAGUGUGACUAAGCCUAGAGUCUUCAUCUUCUCCGACAUUCUCAACGAACCAGACGAUUCCAUGUCACUCAUUCGCCUGCUCUUGUACUCGAAUCAGCUAGAUAUUCGGGGGCUUUGCGCAACUACAUCGACAUUCUUGAGGAACCAGACACAUCCGGAAGAGAUGACGAGAAUACUUCAAGUGUACGGCACAGUCGUGGGUAAUCUCAACCGCCAUGUUUCGCAGGCCUCCCAGUACAGCAGCUCGGAUGUCCUCUUGCCAUUAGUAUCCUCUGGGCCUAAGGUCUAUGGAAUGGAAGCACUGAAUACAUCUUUAAGCGAAGGGGCGAAGCACCUAAUUGAAAAGCUCCAAGAAUCCUCGGAGCCACUUUAUGUUAGUCUUUGGGGAGGUGCAGGCACUUUGGCACAAGCUCUCAAGCAGAUUGAGACCGACCUGUCAUCAGUGAAUGCUGCGCUGCUACGGUCCCGUCUUCGAGUUUAUGCCAUCUCAGACCAGGAUGGCACCGGGUCAUGGAUCCAAGCUCGAUGGCCCGACAUUUUCUACAUUACGAGCAUCAAUGGAUUCAACGAGUUUGAGGGCGCAACAUGGGUAGGCAUCAACACUGACGACAAUGGUUUUGCGAAUACUACCAAGAUCAAGAACGCUUGGGCCGAUCAGAAUAUUCGAGUCGGGCCUCUCGGGAGCAUAUACCCUCAGAUUCUGUAUGGGAUGGAGGGCGACUCGCCCAGCUUCCUGUGGCUGGUCUCGAAUGGCCUCUCGGUCCUCGAUAUGCCAAGCUUGGGAGGUUGGGGCGGCCGCUAUACCAGAGUCUCCGAAGUCAAUGGUUUCAAUUGGUAUGGCAACGCUCCAGACAGCUUGUCACUUUCUUCGGGAAGUCAAUACCGGAGCAGUCAGGCAACGAUCUGGCGCUGGAGAGAUGCCAUGCAAGACGAUUUCGCCGCUCGCAUGCAGUGGACUUUGAACAAUAGCGUGAGUGCUGUAGCGCAUCCACCUCAACUGAGCAUCAAUGGCUCGACAGGCACCGAAGUUGUGAGAUUCGAUCUCAGCCUCAAUGGAUCAAUCAUUCUCGAUGCGGCUAGUACUUGUGAUGCUGACCACCCUGGAGAAACGAGCCAACUCGACUUUGAGUGGUUUGGAUACCCGCCACCUCUGGGCUUCGGCGUCCAACCUUCCCUCACAAUUCUACCACUCACCUCUCCACUCGGGACGAAUGGUAUUCUCCCUCUGAAUGAGGCAGGCUUUGCAAAUGUCACCCUUGGACCAAAGGUACGCAUCUCACCGCCAACUGAUGCUGGCUCUGCGACGGAUGGGGAGGAGUGGCAUGUCGUAUUACAGGUUAGCACCAAAAAAAGGCCUCACGCGAUCCGCCGGUACAAAAGAGUUAUUAUCACGACGCGUGCAUAG